GUACAAGAAGACGAGGGUUUUAAAGCUACUCUAUAGAACUCGCUCAUCGCACGAGCCUCCACUCGCCGUCGCCGCCGUUCGUACUACGUUCAGACAAGAGGAAGGCUCGUUUACAUCUCGGUGCAUUUCGAAGCCAUGCACGCCCCUGUCCUUGUCCUCAAGGAUUCCUUAAAACGGGAAUCUGGCAGUAAGGUUCGUCAUGCCAAUAUCCAAGCAUCCAAGGCUGUGGCUGACAUAAUCCGAACUACUUUGGGUCCUCGAUCUAUGCUUAAGAUGCUUCUUGAUGCUGCAGGAGGUAUUGUAGUCACCAAUGAUGGAAAUGCUAUUCUACGAGAACUUGAUCUUGCUCACCCAGCUGCUAAGUCUAUGAUUGAACUGAGCCGCACACAGGAUGAAGAAGUUGGAGAUGGAACAACCUCUGUAAUUGUACUAGCUGGGGAGAUGCUCCAUGUUGCUGCAGCUUUCAUUGACAAAAACUAUCAUCCCACUGUUAUAUGUCGAGCAUAUAAUAAAGCUCUAGAAGAUUCUAUUGCUGUGCUAGACAAGAUUGCAAUGCCUAUUGAUGUGACUGAUCGUGCUGCGAUGCUGGGCCUCGUCAAGAGUUGUAUUGGAACAAAAUUUACUGGACAGUUUGGGGACUUAAUCGCUGAUCUUGCCAUUGAUGCUACAACAACUGCUGGCGUGGACCUUGGUCAAGGUGUACGUGAAGUUGAUAUUAAGAAGUAUAUAAAAGUUGAGAAAGUUCCUGGUGGUCAGCUGGAGGAUUCAAAGGUUCUCAAGGGAGUUAUGAUCAAUAAAGAUGUAGUUGCUCCUGGGAAAAUGAGGAGAAAGAUAUUGAACCCUCGCAUUAUCCUCCUUGAUUGCCCCCUUGAGUAUAAAAAAGGAGAAAAUCAAACAAAUGCUGAAUUACUAAAGGAAGAGGACUGGGAAGUACUACUGAAAAUGGAAGAGGAAUAUAUACAAAAUAUGUGCAUGCAAUUGCUGACGUUCAAACCUGAUUUGGUGAUUACUGAAAAGGGGCUCAGUGAUCUCGCAUGUCAUUACCUAAGCAAGGCUGGAGUCAGUGCUAUCCGGAGAUUGAGGAAGACAGACAACAACAGAAUUGCAAAGGCUUGUGGGGCGGUUGUUGUCAAUAGACCAGAGGAGUUGCAAGAGUCUGAUGUUGGAACUGGAGCAGGGCUGUUUGAAGUAAAAAAAAUUGGCGAUGAGUUUUUUGCAUUUAUUGUCGAUUGCAAAGAUCCUAAAGCUUGCACUGUGCUUCUGAGAGGCGCUAGUAAGGAUCUUUUGAAUGAAGUUGAGAGGAAUUUGCAGGAUGCAAUGUCAGUAGCACGAAACAUCUUGAAAAAUCCCAAACUUCUUCCUGGCGGUGGUGCGACCGAGUUAACGGUAUCUUCUGCUCUAAAACAGAAGAGUUCUUCAAUUGAAGGAAUAGAAAAGUGGCCCUAUGAAGCUGCUGCCAUAGCUUUUGAAGCAAUUCCACGAACUUUAGCUCAGAAUUGUGGGGUAAAUGUCAUUAGGACAAUGACUGCGCUCCAAGGAAAGCAUGCUAAUGUUGGAAAUGAAUGGGUUGGCAUUGAUGGAAACACUGGUGAAAUUGUUGAUAUGAAGGAACGGAAGAUUUGGGACUCAUACAACGUCAAGGCCCAAACCUUUAAGACGGCAAUUGAGGCAGCUUGCAUGCUUCUGAGGAUUGACGACAUUGUGAGUGGAAUAAAGAAGAAGCAGGCUCCUGGGUCCGGUCCAACCCCAUCAAAACCUAAGAUAGACGAGGAAGGAGACGCAGACAACGAUCGGCUAAUUCCAGAAUAGAAAGAAUUUUGCAAGGUGUUUGGUCUUUUGUCGACUUGAUAGAUUUUAAACUAACGUGCAUUGUGGGUUCCUGGGAUUUAACAGUGCUAUCUGAAUUCUUUUGCUAAAUAUUAUUUUGCUAGAGAAAAAUAGGUAUUUGGUAAUUCUCCUUUCACGCUCUUGCAUGAUGUUUCAUGUUUUCAUUGUUUGUGAACUUUUUCAUAUUCACUGAAUGAAAGAAAAGGUUAUGAGCUGAGUUGAAAUGUC